AUGUUCGAUUCAAGGCCAUCUCGCGCGAUCGCCUUCUGGGUUAUUGCAACUCUCGCUUUCACCGCCAACGUUGUUGUCGCUGCAACCACUGUUCGUCUCACGACGGCCGGCCAUUUGACAUCAUCUGAGUACAGGGUAGGACUGGCAGCGAGCGUCUUCGACCUUGGCUCCCUCGCAGCCAUCUUGCUCGCAGUCGGGAUCAGGCGAUUACAUGCUCAGCCAAGGACGACGAUCGCUCUAGCAUGUGCGAUUGUCGUCUGCCUUGUCGCUGCUGUCCUCUCGAUUAUCCUCUUCGCACUUCACCUCAAUUCCCCGUCAGCUAAGGCCAGUGUGGGCCUGUUGAAGGCCGGUCUGGCUUUCUGGGCAGUGCUGCUCUGCUCAGAGACGGUUCUCUAUGCCUACCUGGCCUGGCCACAGAGUGGUCGAGCAGAAACCCUGGAGGCCGCGGACGACUCAGAAUUAGGCUCGUCGCCUGCCCGUUCGGCCAAGGCAAAGUCCAUACAUCUGGCAUUUGUCAGGUCAUCGCCUCCUCGCAUGACAAGGACUACCUCUGACUUCUAUGAUGGCGACGCUCCACUCCCUUCGCCACUGUUCCGGUCAUCUUGGCGGAAUUCCAUGGAUCAAGUGAUACGGCCAAUGACUUCAAGGACACGACUGAUACGGCGUUCGUUCAUGUCAUCGGAUGCACGAAGCUCUCAUUCCGUACGACCGCCGUCGACCGAUACUACUCGCCAAUAUGAUGGCUUCGAGUUCUGGGAUACCUCGACCGUCGAGGCAAAUACAGACGAUCUCGUUCCACCUAUGCCGCCUUUGUCAAGAAAGGAGUCUAGGACGAGGUUGGAACCUAUACCAGGCAGCCGGCCUGUAUCUCCAGCCAAACCACUUGAUGGCCCAUUUCUAGAAAGCACGCUGCCAGAGCAUUUACAACUACCUGAGUCGCCAUUGCAUUCACCAUCUAUCGCCGAGACCAGCUCAAUACAUGAAUAUCCUCUCAACCGCAGGCCUAGUACCACUCAAGCUCACAUACAUCCUCUGUUUCGACCGGAGAGCCCGUUUCCACCACCUCUACCCACACCAGGCACAGUGAUCACAGCUUCUCCGUUGGCCGGACAGGUCGUCAGCCCUGAACACGCUUUCAACUGGACGGUCCACUCUUCACAGACAUGGAGGCCGGGAAGCUCAACACCAGGGUCCCCGACAGCAAGCCGAUCUGGAAGUGUGCGAAGCCUUGCAUUGCAGUCGGCGGGACUGUCGUCACCAGACGCUCUUCCCAAGUCGCCACUUGCCGGGAGUGCAGAUUCCUUGCCAGGCUGA